AUGAGAGUUUGGAUACUGGCAACUUUACUCAUGAUUUACUGCAUCGACCAAAGUAAAUCAUACUUGGUUACUGAUGCUUCUAUUGAAGAAUUGGUCACAACUAGACCCGUUGGAAAUAAUAAUAAUACAGCGGUGAGAGAUGAAAUCGAUAAAAGAGCUUUCAAACCCUCAAAACAGCUCUUCACCAAUAUAUUGCUUCUAGACGACGAAAAUGAAAAACUUCAUGGAUAUAGCAAGAUGUAUGGUCCACUGAAUGUAAUUGCCAGUGUUUCCGAACAAACAGACCAAAUUAAUAAACCUGAACAAGGUUUCUACGAAUUUCCAGAGAAAAUACUAGAUAAUAGUGAAGGAAAACAACCUCAAAAUGUAAAUAUGUACUUGGAAUCUGGAAAAGCAUCAUUUCACGAACCAAUUGACGUUGAGGACCAAACUGUCAGUCAAACACUUGUUAGCUACACUGAUACUGUUCCAUAUUCACCGGAAAAACAAGAGGUGAACGAGGGAUUGAAGCAUCAAAAACGGAAGGAAAUUCAUUAUCAUCAACAUGAACAUCUCCACGAGCAUGAGCACAAACAGGAUCAUCUACAUAAGCAUCGUCAAGAGCAUUUACACGACCAUGGACAUUCCCAUCAAGACAGCAGUAAGCAUGACCAUCAUCAUCUAGGACACCAUGCUCAUCACCACAUUGGUGAACACUUCCACACCCAUGAAGGUAGUCACCGUCAUGAACAUCAAAAUUUUCACCAGCAUGAUCAUCAACAGGAUCAUAACCACGAUCACUUCCAUCAGCAGAAACAUGAUCAUCGUGGGAGGCACAGUCAUGGACACAACCAUAGAGGAGAACAUUCUCAUGUUCACAGUGGUAAUCAGAAACAUGAUCAUAAACAUGGACAUGAACACCAUGAUAAGCAUCGUCAUUCGCAACAAAACUGGAAUGAACACUAUCACCAAUAUAAACAUGAAGAUCAUCAUCUUUAUGGACACCAUAGCAAAAAAGACUCUAAGGCUAAAGUGGUUCAUCAGAACAUAUACAUUAAAAAAAAUCAUUAG